AAGUCUGCAUAACGUGCUUCAAGCUUAUCACAAAUGGAGGAAAAGAUUAUAAAUGCAAGCAACAGAACAAGGGGGUGAAGUGAAACAUAAUUGACCAUCAUGCAGCGCUUAAUCUGCAUCAUCUUGUUGCUGUUGAAGUCAUCAGCAAUCGUUUACGGUUCGAGAACUGAUUUGCUAUCAUGUCUAAGGUCGAGUGGGGUAACAAACGUCACCACUCAGUCCAAUGCCCUACAAUUUGAUUCUCUUUUCCGAUAUUCACUCCAGAACCUGCGAUUCACAGAGCCUUGUGUUCACAGGCCGCAGAUGAUAAUAGUCCCGCAGAGCAAAAUUCAAGUGCUGAAAGCGGUGGGCUGCUCUAUUCAAUACGGUUGGGAAAUUCGGGUGCGCAGCGGAGGACACAGCUACGAGGGCCUCUCCUCCACCUCUGAUGCUCCCCAUUUUGUCAUCAUUGAUCUCAUGGCCGUCGACAACGUACACGUGGACGUGACUUCCUCUACAGCUUGGGUAGAAGCGGGAGCUACGCUGGGUCAAGUGUACGCUGCCAUUGCGGAGAAGACCAGAAGGCUCGGUUUCCCUGCGGGCAUAUGUCCCACGGUGGGCUCCACUGGCCAUUUUGCAGGCGGCGGACUCGGCAUUCUAACCAGAAAAUAUGGCCUGGCCGCCGACAAUGUGAUUGAUGUCUUACUUGUUACGGCCGCCGGCGAGGUUCUGAACCGAAAAAGCAUGGGGAAACAUCUGUUCUGGGCUGUACGAGGCGGCGGAGGAGGAAGUUGGGGUAUCGUCCUUGCCUGGAAAAUCAGGCUCGUGAGCGUUCCUUCCACUGUCACGGCGUUUACAGUUUUAAAGACGGGGCGAGAUUCCGUAACAGAAGCUGUGCAUCGAUGGCAAUACGUGGCACCCAAUUUGGAAAAAGAUCUGUUUAUGCGUGUCCAAGUCUUCGGAGUCGAACAAAUGGGGAAAAAAAAGAUUCGGGCCUCGUUCCAUGGUAUGUACCUUGGCCCACAGGACGAAUUGCUUAGUAAAGUCAAGGAAAGCUUUCCUGAGUUGGGUAUGGCUGCCGCGGACUGCCAGGAGAUGAGCUGGAUCGAGUCGGUAGCCUAUUUUGCUGGAACGAAUCUGAGCGAUUUGAGCAACAGAUACUAUUCAGGCAAAAACUUCUUCAAAAAUAAGUCUGAUUUUGCCAGGAAGCCUUUGCCCAAGUCAGCACUGCGAGGGCUGUGGCCGAUGCUGGAGAAUGAGGUGGGCGGUAACAUUAUAAUGUCUCCGCUGGGUGGAUUUAUGAAUGAAACCCCUUCCACUGCCCUGCCCUUUCCUCAUCGAGCGGGGAAUCUAUUCGACAUUCAGUAUGUGUUGACAUGGUAUGAGGAAGGAAACAAUGCCCGCCAUGUUGAGUGGAUGAGAAAUCUUUACAGAUAUAUGAGUCCCUAUGUUUCCCACUCACCCCGGGCUGCAUAUGUAAAUUAUCCUGAUCUGGAUUUGGGGUUUUCGGCCAAUGGGUUGUCCUCUGUUGAAGAAGCUAAAGCCUGGGGAGAGAAGUAUUUUCUCGGGAACUUUGACAGGCUUGUUAAGGUGAAGAGCCAAAUUGAUCCUCACAACAUUUUCAGGAACGCUCAGAGCAUUCCUGUACUGAAGUAGAUGUCUGUGAAUGGGAGGAUGACUACGUGGUCAUUAAUAAUUGGUCAGCGUAUAGGAGAUUCUCGAUUAAGUGUAUUGUCUUUUUAUGAUUUAUUUAAUAAACAUCAAGAGAAGCCCUCUCAGUCAACCACUCCACAA